AUGGACUCCAAGGAACAGCUUCGGGAGGCCGAGUCGUUCAAAAGGCUCACUUUCCUCGCUAUCGCCAUCUCCACUGUGGCCACAUUAACCGCCAUUAUUGUGGUCCCCAUGUUGUACAACUAUAUGCAACAUGUCCAAACCAGUUUGGAUGAGGAGUUGGAGUUCUGUACUCACAGAUCUAACGGUCUCUGGGAACAGUACAAGGUUCUUUAUGGAGAGCACGCCUUCAGAAUUAAGCGGGAAGCUACCUUCCGUCGUAUGCCUCAAGGACAUCGCCCUAAUCAACGAGGACGCCGUGGAAACAAACGAGCCCGUCAAGCAUACGGCAAUGAGGCCGCUGCUCCAGCACCAGCUGCUGUUGGGGGAUAUGGCGGAGAAUCCGCUGUCAGUGGAGGAUCUGCGGCUUCCGGGGGCUCAUGUUCUUGCGGUGUUGGCCAAGCUGGACCACCAGGACCACCCGGUCAAGAUGGAAACGACGGACAUGACGGAAACCCAGGUCAAGACGGACAACCAGGCCCUGAUGCUCCAGCUGGACACCAGCCAUCUGCUGAUGACUUCUGCUUCGAUUGCCCUGCAGGUCCAGCUGGACCAGCUGGAGGACCAGGACCAAAGGGUCCCAACGGACAGCCAGGACAGCCCGGUCCAGACGGACAGCCCGGAAACCCAGGAACUCAAGGACCACCUGGCCCAGCCGGACCACCCGGAAAUGAUGGACAACCCGGACAACCUGGACCAGCCGGUCAACCAGGACAAGUCAACGAUGUCCCCGGAAUUCCAGGCCCACCUGGCCCAGCCGGACCACCCGGUCAGCCAGGACAACCUGGUCAACCAGGUGCUCCAGGAAGCUCUUCCCCAGGCCCACAAGGACCACCUGGAGAUGCUGGAGCUCCAGGAUCCCCAGGACAGCCAGGAGGCCCAGGACAAGCUGGUCCCGAUGGAGAGGCCGGAAACGGAGGUGGCUGCGACCACUGCCCACCACCACGUACCGCCCCUGGAUACUAA